AUGUCUGCCUCUCUCCCUGGCAAUCGGGAUAUUCCCGCGUCGCAAUAUGACUUGAGCACCUACUGGGGGCGUGUUCGCCAUGCGGCAGACAUCUCCGACCCAAGGACGUUGCUCGUUUCGUCCUCGGGUUUGGAGCAGGCAAAGAGCCUGAUUUCCUCCUACAAGCAGAACCAUAUUCCUACCAUGUCGCCUGACUUGUGGCAUGCCAAGAAGGUGGUUGACUCUACAUUGCAUCCGGACACCGGCGAACCUGUUUUCCUCCCGUUCCGCAUGUCGUGCUACGUUUUGUCUAACUUGGUCGUCACGGCUGGUAUGCUUACACCGGGACUGAAGACCACCGGUACUCUUCUCUGGCAGAUCGGUAACCAAUCGCUUAACGUGGCGGUCAACAACGCAAACGCAAACAAAUCCACACCUCUUUCGUUAUCCCAAAUUGGCAAGUCAUACAUGAUGGCCGUGUCGGCUUCGUGUUCGGUGGCGCUUGGUCUCAACGCUUUGGUUCCCCGACUUAAGAACAUUUCACCCAACACCAAGCUUAUUAUGGGCCGUCUGAUCCCAUUCGCUGCCGUGUCUAGCGCCAGUGCCUUGAACGUGUUCUUGAUGCGUGGUGAGGAGAUCAGACAAGGAAUUGACGUUUACCCCGUCCUUUCUGAGGCGGAGAAGAAGAAGCGUGAGGAAACCGGUGAACCUAUCGAGAGUCUGGGCAAGAGUAAGAAGGCCGCUACCCUUGCGGUCGGAGAGACCGCCAUCAGCCGUGUGUUGAACGCCACCCCAGUCAUGGUUGUGCCGCCUUUGAUCCUGGUCAAGUUGGAGAAGACCGCAUGGCUCAGGGCCCGACCACGCAUGGUGACCCCUGUCAACCUGGGUUUGAUCUUGGCUACAUCUGUGUUUGCUCUUCCUCUUGCUCUGGGUGCUUUCCCCCAGCGCCAGGCGAUUAGUGCGCAGUCCUUGGAGGAGGAGUUCUGGAGCAAGGGAGGAAAGGAUGGACAGGUUGAGUUCAACCGGGGAAUGUAA